AUGUCCUCCUCCGGCUCCUCCAACGCACCAACCACGAAGAUGCAGCCGACUCAGAAAACCGAAGUCGAUGCUGCCCAAGCCUCCAAGACAGCUUCAAAUCCGCCUCCAGCCAUGCUCGAGGAAGACGACGAGUUUGAGGAUUUUCCGGUUGAAGACUGGUCGCAGGAAGACGCAGAAGUACCCGGCGGGACUACACAUCUCUGGGAGGAGAGCUGGGACGAUGAUGACGAGAAUGAAGACUUCAGCAAGCAACUGAAGUAUGUCCCGGACGACAUCACAUGUCUCUCCGCUGCAAUUCUCCAUGAAACUGACCAUUUCACGCAGGGAGGAGUUGAAGAAAGUCGAAGCAAGCAAAUAGGGCUUGUCACAUGA